UCUUUUCGUACCUUUAUUUCUCUUUUAUAUAAAUCCACAAUAACGACUCUAUACUAAAAUCUCCUCUCCUUUACUUUUCUCUUCCUUACCAAAUAUAGCAAAAAAACAAAAAAAAAACCUUACUCUACCAAAGGAAAAACACAAAUUUGCUGCAAUGGAGGUCCCGAUAAUAAACAGAAUAAGCGAUUUUGACGUGGGGAUAAACUCGAUAAACGACCCGUCGGUGUUGUCUCGAGCUUUAGCCGUCUCCGGCGUCGGAAAGUUACAUCAAGCUUAUAGUUUCUGGAAAUGGGCAGCUUUAUUGCUUCUUGCAUUUUUUGCUUCGUUCACGUCCUUAACUACAAGAAUCAAGACUCUUGUCUUUAGAUUAAUAAACGUUAACGUGUCUCUACCGUCCACUACUCUUCUUCGUGAUUACGAUAGCGACUCCGAUUGGUCUAUCUCGUCAGACUCCUCAGACGACGAAGAUGAUGAUAAGGAUGAUGACGAUGACAAAGAAGAUAACUCGGUCAAUGGCGUUACAAGAUUUGGUUAUGACGAUGAGACAAAUGGGAACAUCCCAUGGUUGCGGCGGUGCAGUGGUAGCUUCGGGGAGCUUUUAGAUAUAGGCUCAAGCGGUGUCGUGAAGCUAUGGGACAAUCUUGAUUUCAACGGAGAAGGAAGUCAUCACCGUAACGCGGUAGCUUCUUUCUUAAGCAAAUGCGGCUCUUACACGUUGUUGUCUCCGUCGACGGUUUUAUUAGCGGCGGAGAAGAGAGGAUCCGACGACGUGGAAGUGAGUGCGUGGGAUUCACGCGCGGGUUUCCGGGUGCCGGCGUUGCUUGCGGAGUGGAAGCAGCCUGGGAAGUUGCUUGGGAAGAUCAUUAGGGUUGACGCGGGUGACGUGGACAAGAUCUACGUCGGGGAUGAUGAUGAUGUCGGCGGGGAGAUUGUAGUUGGAGACAUGAGGAUGGCUAACGGUGCGUUGACGGAACUGACGGCAUCAGAGGUUGAGAGAAUGGUGAGAAGACGCGCACGCCGUCAUUGAGGCUGACGGUGCCGUUAUUGGUGACAAAUGAUUGACAUGGUAGGUGACGUAAAAAUCAAACGUAAUCGCAAGUCAUGACCAACAAAAUUAUUUUGUACAUAAUUGAACUGUCUUGUAUAUAUUUUUCUUAUUUAGUGUAUUUAUAUUUUUGGC